AUUUUGUUGAAGAUGAUGAUAAUAAGCAAUUUGAAUCGAAUGAUUCACAAGAAAUUGAUAGUCUGGAUGAUGAAAAAGAAAAUAGUGAUCCUACGAUUCUCUAUAUACAAAACCUAAAAAUAUACUGUGGUAGAGGUUAUUCCAAAG